AAGAAGGAAAAUAUUAUCCUUGUUGAAUUAAUGUCAGGACCUAAAGAAGCAAGUAAAUCAGACAUUAACAACUAUCUGAAGCCUCUUGUCAAUGAACUGGAGUUAUUAUACAAAGGAAUGAAAAUCAGAACUCACCAACACCCAGAAAGUAUCCCCAUCCAUGCUGCUCUUUUCAUGGUCACAUGUGAUAUCCCUGCUGCAAGAAAAGUAUGUGGGUUCACAUCUCACACCAGUACCAAUGUAUGUCAUAAAUGCAACUAUAAAUUCACCUGGUUAAAUGGAACAAGCUCUGUCAAUUAUUCUGGAUUUGAUUUCUCUAAAUGGCUCCAUCGCACUAAGAAUGAUGAUUGUAAGGAUGCAGAGGUCUGGAGAAAUGCAACCAAAUCAUCUGAGAGACAGUGUCUUGAAGUUGAAAAUGGUGUUUGCUUGUGCGAACUGCAUCGUCUCCAGUACUUUGAUAUUGUCUGCUGCACGAUUGUCAACCUUAUGUAUAAUCUGUUUCUC